GAAGGUCUGAUUCCAACUCUGUACCGCAGCGGCCAUGGCUAUGUCCCAGAUUACAUGGUCAUGUGGGCUCAAGAUAUUGAUCUUCUAGCUCGAUUCGCCAUUUCUCAAGGUCGGCAGGAUCAGGUUCCUGCUGAUACGCUUGCGGCUUCGACGGCUCUUCGUCGUUUGUGCCCGGGUGUCCUCGUUGAUCACUUGAGUCCUCAGACUCCGCCUAGUUCCCCUCCGCCUACAUCACCUCAACCUGCUGCACCUCCACCUACUUCGCCUGAACCUGCUGCAGCUCAGCCUACCACCCCUCAACCUGUCACCCCUCAGCCUUCAGUCGCUAACACCCAUCCUGGUGAUGCCAACACUGAAGCCGAGACUGACAUUCAAACCGGUUAUGACCGUAUGAUCACCGAUGUCAACGCUUUUCCAACCGAAAUGACAGACCAACAGCGUGCUGACCUCCAAGCCCAGAAUGACAGCUUUCUAGCCAUGCUAAACAGCAGAUUCGCUUGAAAAGUUUCCUUACGACAUUGGAGUUUUUGGAGUUCAGAUCUUUGGUUUUGCUAAA